AUGAACUCUAACCAGAAACGGCGUUUCAAAAUGGGCAUUUUAAAUUUGGCCGAGCAAAUACUAUCCUCAACCAAUCUGGAAGCUAGUACUCCACCAAUGGAUGGUUCUCAAUCUUGGAUUGAAGAUUCGGUGAAUAGAAAUCCAGGUUCAAUCCCGCAAACCAACACGGACCCCUUCAAUAUGACUGAGUUUAUACGAUACAAUAAUUAG